AUGGAGAAGAGCGUCGUCGACGGCGGGUUUGCCGAUAUCACUGACGUCCCCGACAACAUGCCCGGUGACGCCGAGGGGUUGGUCAUCUCGACUCUCGCCAGGGCCGCCUUCCAGGCUGUUCGACGUGUCAUUGGUCGCAGCUUUGGUCUCGUCGACAAUGAAUCUGUCCAGAACACGAGCGCUAUGUUGAAGAACAUAAGCAUUCACUUCCGAUCGGUGCUCGCCAUCCACGUACUGUACGACACGACCGAUGUCAAGAGCGCCGCGGUCAAGGCCUUUGUCGAGGACGUUACCCUGCUCGGUUAUGCUGCUGCCAAGGAGGUUGAAGUUGAGCGCCACCGCCCCAGUGCCACCGCUGAAGCAGAGGCGGCGGUGGAAGCUGAGCCCCUGGCGGCAGAGACCUCCAUUCAGCCGCAAAAGAUGGCCGAGUUCUUUGCCAAGAUUGCCACAAACUACUGUAGGGCCACAAAGGCAAACAGUGAAGGCUCGGCCAAUGUCGAAGCACUGGGUGAUGAAUCAUCCACGGCUGACGAGGAGGCUGCACUGAGUCCCAUCGAAGUGCCCUAA